AUGCAGGCCGCCGCCGCCGUCCACCGGCCCCACCUCCUCGCCGCAUCCCCGCUCCGCGCCCGCGCCGUCCACCGCCCCUCCACCGUCCGCAUGGCGCUGCGCGAGGACGGGCCGUCCAUCGCCAUCGUGGGCGCCACGGGCGCGGUCGGGGAGGAGUUCCUGCGCGUCAUCGCCGCCCGCGACUUCCCCUACCGCGGCCUGCGCCUGCUCGCCAGCGAGCGCUCCGCGGGUAAGCGCGUCGCCUUCGAGGGCCGCGACUACACCGUGCAGGACCUCGCGGCGCCCGGGGCCUUCGACGGGGUCGACAUCGCGCUCUUCAGCGCCGGCGGGAGCGUCAGCCGCGCCUACGCGCCUGAGGCUGUCGCCAGCGGGGCCGUCGUCGUCGACAACAGCUCCGCGUACCGGAUGGACCCCGACGUGCCGCUCGUGAUACCCGAGGUCAACCCUGAGGCCAUGGCGGACGUCCGGCUCGGGAAGGGGGCGAUUGUGGCGAAUCCUAACUGUUCGACCAUCAUCUGCCUCGUGGCUGUCACGCCGCUGCAUCGCCACGCCAAGGUGUCAAGGAUGGUUGUAAGCACAUACCAAGCAGCAAGUGGUGCUGGUGCUGCAGCCAUGAAAGAACUCGAACUUCAGACUCGAGAGGUCUUGGAAGGAAAGGCUCCAACGUGCAACAUUUUUAGUCAACAGUAUGCUUUCAAUAUUUUUUCACAUAAUGCACCUAUUCUUGAAAAUGGCUAUAAUGAAGAAGAGAUGAAAAUGGUGAAAGAGACCAGAAAAAUCUGGAAUGACGAGGAUGUAAGAGUAACCGCCACCUGCAUACGGGUUCCAACGAUGCGUGCUCAUGCUGAAAGCAUAAAUCUGCAGUUUGAAAAUCCACUUGAUGAGGACACAGCCAGACAAAUCUUGAGGGCAGCCCCUGGUGUUACGAUUAAAGAUGACCGAGCUUCCAAUCGCUUCCCUACACCUCUGGAGGUAUCUGAUAAAGAUGAUGUAUCAGUGGGUAGAAUCCGUCAGGACUUGUCUCAAGAUGAUAACAGAGGGUUGGAAAUAUUUGUGUGUGGAGAUCAGAUACGUAAAGGUGCCGCGCUGAAUGCUGUGCAGAUUGCUGAAAUGCUACUGAAGUGAUUGCCAUCUGUAUUUCGUCUCUUAUUCAUCAUUGCUCUAGACAUUGAUGGAUUGAUGUACUCUGGUUAGUUUGAGCUCAGUUUUGGCCGGUCACCUUUUUGUAAUCUAUCAUCCCAGCUAAAGUACUGGAAGACAGGUUUUUGUUAUCUGUUGUACAUGUAAGUGCAUUCAGGAGUUAAGAAAUGGAGGUUCAUCACUAGUUGAAAAUUUGACUUAA